GAGUGUGUAGAUAAACUAUACCAUUUAGAUCAUCACUUGACCAGACCAAGAAGGAACAAGAGAUACGAGCGUGAGGCGAGCAACCAACCACACCACCAAAAAACAAUGGCGAACCUCAGCUCAACCAUCGUCCUCGUCGUCGCGCUAUUGCUGGCCGUCCCAGCGGCCGGCGCGGCCGUGGACACGGUGGUGGACUCGUGCAACGCGAUCCGCGGCUCCGUGGACUACGGCUUUUGCGUCUCCGCGCUGCGGUCCGGCGGGCCGGGCGCCUCCAAGGCGGACCGCCACGCGCACCUCCUCAUGGCGGCUGACCUCGCCGUGGCGCGCGGGGCGUCGGCCGGGGACGCCGCGAACGCGAUGGCGCGCUCCGAGCGGGAUCCGGCGGCGCGCGACGGGCUGGCGGCCUGCGGGUUCCUGUACGGUGCGGGCUCCGUGCCGGCCAUGCGCUUCUUGCGCGGCUACGCGGCGGCGCGGGCGUGGGAGCGCGGGCGUGGGCUGCUGAUGCUCACGAUGCAGGCCGGGAUCGGGUGCGACGCGGCGCUCGGCGGCGCGCCCGGGGCCAAGGAGAGGAUGGCCAACGCUAACUACGAGUUCGUCCAGCUCUCCUGGAUCGUCACCGCGCUCUUCAACAUACUAACCCAAGGAUGACCUGGCGCUGGCGAUCGGCCGGCCAUCGUACCUCUACCUCUUGUGUCAAUAAUGUGAUGGCUAAAUUAGAAUUUGACAACGAGUACUACUCUUAAUUAAUUCCAUCAUCAUCAUCGAAUAUGAAUUUAUAAGGCUUAAUUUUAUCUUAA